UCGUGUCGUGCCUGAGAGCGCAGCUGUGCUCCUGGGCCCCGCGCGGUCCGCCCCCGCGGCUCCUGACCAGGCUGCUCCUAGGACCCCCUGCCCCACGCCGCAGCCAUGAACUACCUGCGGCGCCGCCUGUCGGACAGCAACUUCAUGGCCAAUCUGCCAAAUGGGUACAUGACAGACCUGCAGCGCCCGCAGCCACCCCCGCCGCCGCCUGCUGCCCCCAGUCCCGGAGCCACGCCCGGUCCCGCGACUGCCACUGCCGAGAGGGCCUCCGCGUCCGCCCCUGUGGCCUCUCCCGCUGCCCCUAGUCCCGGGUCUUCGGGGGGUGGUGGCUUCUUCUCGUCGCUGUCCAACGCGGUCAAGCAGACCACGGCGGCCGCGGCGGCCACCUUCAGCGAGCAGGUGGGCGGCGGCUCUGGGGGCGCAGGUCGUGGGGGCGCUGCCGCCAGGGUGCUGCUGGUCAUCGACGAGCCCCACACCGACUGGGCAAAAUACUUCAAAGGGAAAAAGAUCCAUGGAGAAAUUGACAUUAAAGUAGAACAGGCUGAAUUCUCGGAUCUCAACCUCGUGGCUCAUGCCAAUGGUGGAUUCUCUGUGGACAUGGAAGUUCUUCGGAAUGGGGUAAAGGUCAUGCGGUCUCUGAAGCCGGACUUUGUGCUGAUCCGCCAGCACGCUUUCAGCAUGGCACGAAACGGAGACUACCGCAGUUUGGUCAUUGGGCUGCAGUAUGCUGGCAUCCCCAGUGUCAACUCUUUGCAUUCUGUCUACAACUUCUGUGACAAGCCCUGGGUGUUCGCCCAGAUGGUUCGACUGCACAAGAAACUGGGGACAGAGGAAUUCCCUCUUAUUGAUCAGACUUUCUACCCCAAUCACAAAGAGAUGCUCAGCAGCACAACGUACCCUGUGGUGGUGAAGAUGGGGCAUGCGCACUCCGGGAUGGGCAAGGUCAAAGUGGACAACCAGCAUGACUUCCAGGACAUCGCGAGUGUCGUGGCACUGACCAAGACAUAUGCCACUGCCGAACCCUUCAUUGAUGCCAAAUACGACGUGCGCGUCCAGAAGAUUGGGCAGAACUACAAAGCCUACAUGAGGACGUCAGUGUCCGGAAACUGGAAGACCAACACCGGCUCUGCAAUGCUCGAGCAGAUUGCCAUGUCGGACAGGUACAAGCUGUGGGUGGAUACAUGCUCAGAGAUUUUCGGGGGACUGGACAUCUGCGCAGUGGAAGCACUGCACGGCAAGGAUGGAAGGGAUCACAUCAUUGAGGUGGUGGGCUCCUCCAUGCCACUCAUCGGGGACCACCAAGACGAAGACAAGCAGCUCAUCGUGGAGCUUGUGGUUAACAAGAUGGCCCAGGCCCUGCCCAGGCAGCAGCAGCGGGAUGCCUCCCCCGGCAGGGGCUCCCACAGCCAGACUCCGUCCCCAGGGGCCCUGCCCUUGGGCCGCCAGACCUCCCAGCAGCCCUCGGGGCCUCCUGCUCAGCAACGACCCCCACCACAGGGUGGCCCUCCACAGCCAGGCCCAGGCCCCCAACGCCAGGGACCCCCGUUGCAGCAGCGCCCGCCCCCACAGGGCCAGCAGCACCUUUCGGGCCUUGGACCCCCAGCUGGCAGUCCCCUGCCCCAGCGCCUACCAAGUCCCACAUCAGCGCCUCAGCAGCCUGUGUCCCAGGCCCAGCCACUGAGCCAGGCUCAAGGCCGCCAAUCCCGGCCGGUGGCAGGAGGACCCGGGGCACCUCCAGCAGCCCGCCCACCUGCCUCCCCAUCUCCCCAGCGCCAGGCAGGCCCCCCGCAGGCUACUCGUCAGACAUCCGUCUCUGGUCAGGCUCCGCCGAAGGCCUCCGGAGCCCCACCGAGUGGUCAGCAGCGCCAGGGCCCACCCCAGAAACCCCCAGGCCCUGCCGGCCCCACACGCCAGGCCAGCCAGGCGGGUCCCAUGCCCCGUACUGGGCCACCCACCACGCAGCAGCCACGGCCCAGCGGCCCAGGCCCUGUCGGACGACCCGCCAAGCCACAGCUGGCCCAGAAACCCAGCCAGGAUGUGCCGUCACCUGCCACUGCCGGGGGACCCCCGCACCCCCAGCUCAACAAAUCCCAGUCUCUGACCAAUGCCUUCAACCUUCCAGAGCCAGCCCCGCCCAGGCCCAGCCUUAGCCAGGACGAGGUGAAAGCUGAGACCAUCCGCAGCCUGAGGAAGUCUUUCGCCAGCCUCUUCUCCGACUGACACCCUACCCCGAGAACCCUUAAUUCCUCCUGGGCAACCCCUCUCUGGGCCCUGAAUCCAUUUCUCACUUUUUGAGUCUCCAAAUCCCUUGAGAAGCCCUCUCCUGGUCCACCAAGAUCCCUCUUCUCAUUCUGCAGAAUGCCCAAGUCCCUGGGGAGACCUCACUUCUGGUCCUAAAUCCAAUUCUCACUUUUGGAAUUCCUGAGUCCUUUUAAAAGCCCACUCCUGGCGACCUCAAAACUUUUCAGUUUUAGAACUUCCAAAUCCCUAAAGACCUCUCUCUAUUCCUGGCUCCCCUCCACUUCGAGAAUGCACUUUCCUCCCCAGAAGCUCCCUAACACCAGGGAACGUGUUCUGGCCCUAACACUGCUGAGUCCCCUCCUAGAGCCCUGAAAUUCUUGGAAAACCAUACUCCUGGUCCCAGAUCUCUCAAGUUCGUCUUGUUCCCCAUCAGAAUUUCCGAAAUCCUUAAGAAACCCCGGCCUUGGCACCCCUUUCCAUGGAUCACUCAUCUCUAGAGAUCCACCUCUUCAGAUGCCACUAUCCAGCCCAAGGAUUUCUCCUAACCGGCCCCAAUCCCAUUCAACACAUUGGGAGGCCCUCCUAGGACUAGGACUCUUCUGUUCCCCAGGGACCCACAUUCCCACUUUCCUGCCUCUGACAGCUAUCUUUAAAUAUGCAAACUCCACCCAUCCUCCCAGACUCCUUUGCACAUGGAGGGCCAGGGGUCCUCUACUUCCCCACCUUUGCCGUGAUGUCUGUGUCUGUGACUGACGUGGCCUCCUCUCGUGCCGUGCUUGGCAUAUGUGGUCUUCGUUCAUCGUGCCGCCUGUGGUGAUGCGUGCAGUGGCGCUGUUUGUGUGGUCCGCAUUCCCCCCCCCCCCACCACUCCUUGCCUGGACUCACUCCCACCCUUCAGCGGCUCUGAACCCCAUGAGAAGAGUCGGGAAGCAAAAUAAACAAGCAAAGGCCCAGCAGAA